UUCAAUAGUCUGAGCAAAUAUUGAACUAAAGAGAUAUUUUUUAUGAUAUCACGCCAUUUCCGAGAACAUAAACAAACCACUCUGAUAUAAAAAGUCGAUGGGACAAUUUAUUUUAUCUCAUCUUUUAGAAAUCUGGAAUCUGAUCUAAGGAAUUGCUCCAUCAAAAACUAUGGGGAGGUCAAGAUUCAUUCUUGUGGCGUGUGUCUUGCUGGCCAUCGUCUCUCGUUGCCACGGUCUUGUCAGAACCUAUUUCAUCGCAUCUCAGGAGUUGGUCUGGGACUACAUUCCUACUGUAUCUUCAAGUCAGCAGAACGAAAAACCAGCAGACGACAGGAUAGGCAAUGCCUACCACAAGGCGGCCUACUUCCAGUACACGGACCAGACAUUCACCGAGCAGGUGCCUAAGCCCAAUUAUUCGGGAAUUUUAGGUCCGGUCAUAGCUGGAGAGGUGGGCGACGUCAUCCUGGUCCACUUCUUCAACAAUGCCUCGAGGAACUUCUCUAUCCAUCCGCAUGGAGUGUUUUAUGAGAAAGGGAGCGAAGGUGCCAUCUAUCUGGAUGGGACAAGCCAAAUGUUCAAACUUGACGACGGCAUACCAGCGGGAGGCAAUUACACAUACCGUUGGGAAGUAACUGACUCUGAUGCCCCGACUUCGCAGGAUCCGGUCUGCUUGCCCUGGGUCUACCACUCACAUGUCAACGCCAUCAAGGACGUGUCUUCCGGCUUGAUCGGUGUGAUUCUCACCUGCAAAAAGGGGAUCCUCAACAAGUUCAACCAGAGGACUGACGUCCAGGCAGACUUUCCUGUGCUGGCGAUGAUCUGGAACGAGAACCUCAGCUGGUACUUGGACAAGAGUAGUAAGAGCUUUUGUUCUAAUCCUGAGAAGUGCAGACAGUUAAACAUGGACAAUGAUCAAGAAUUCAUUGACAGUAAUCUCAUGAAGUCACUGAAUGGUUUGGCUUAUGGGACACUGCCGGGUCUGCAGGCCUGCGUUGGGGAUAGAGUUGUCUUUUACGUCAUUGGAUUCGGCAAUGAGGCUGAUGUCCACUCGCUUCAUUUUCACGGACAGAAUGUUCAGUACCAACACACAAGGGGAGACACUCUGUCUGUCUAUACUGCAACGUUUGUUGCUGCUGAGACCACGCCCACACAGCCUGGACGUUGGCUUAUCUCGGACAUGGUAGGGGACUUCCAACAAGAUGGCAUCUUCGCUUAUUAUUCCGUGAAACAAUGUGGGGAACAAAAAGAUGUUCAAAAUCCAAAACAGUUCCAAGGAACCACUCGGAGAUAUUAUUUGGCUGUGGAAGAAGUCAAGUGGAACUAUGCGCCCACAAAGCUUGAUUUGAGAACCGGAAAUCCCUUACCCACUACAAAGCGCACGACCACUGAACAGAAUACAGUGUAUCUCAGAAGACCUUACGUCAGCAGUAUCUGGCCAAAGCAUGGUCCAUCGUUUUGGUCAUUCUGGAGACGUGUACACAGAGAUCGAUUAAGAUUUUAUCAUAAUCCUUGCUACAAAGCCUGCUCCGACAAUGACUUCGCCUACACGAAAGCCAAAUUUGUAGAGUACGAGGACGAACAGUUCAGACACCGGAACUCGAAACCUGAGUAUGAAUCUCACAUGGGAAUUCUGGGACCGGUAAUUGGCGCCGAAGAAGGUGAUAGGCUUUUCGUGACCUUGAAAAACAGGAUUCAAUUCUCGGUGUCAUUUCUGGCCCAUGGAGUGACAUUUGACCCGCUGGAAGAGUCGCUUGAUGGGCCCGGCGUUCCAGGUGGAGCUGUGGGCACCAAUCAGACACACACCUACAGAUUUGAAGUUCCAGUAAAUUUGCUCGAAGGUUCCUCAUUGCCGUGCAAGAACUUUCUCUACACAUCUGCACACGAUCCGUCUAAAGACAGGAACGCGGGACUCGUUGGACCUCUUUUGAUUUGUAGGCGGGGUUUCUUGUCCAGUAAACAAAGGCGACCAAAAGAGUUUUUUAUUUCGCUGUCAACUUUCGACGAAGGGAACUCACUCUAUAGUGAUAUAAAUAAAAUCAAAGAGCCACAACUCAGAUUUAACAUCAACGGAUACGUCUACGGCAACUUACCUGACCUUGACAUGUGCCUCAACGAACAGGUCACCUGGUACGUCAUGUCUGUUGGAUCGGAGAUGGAUGUCCACACGGUCACCUUUGACGGAAACACCUUCACAGAGAUGGGCACCCACAGAGACGGCAGGCACCUGGUUCCUGGGGGCACUGCUACGCUGUCCAUGCUGCCAGAUAAUGAAGGGAGAUGGAUGCUGUUCUCUCAGUCCAACGUUGCCCUGGACAACGGCAUGUUCGCCUUCUACAACGUCUACGACUGUGGUCACUCCAAGCCGGUCAAGAAGAAAGGCGGGGAGACCAGAGAAUAUUUUAUAGCAGCUGAAGAAGUGAUGUGGGACUACACACCCUUGCCCAGGAGUAUCAUCACGGGAUCAAACCUGACCAACGAGUCGGUAGAUGGCGGUAUAUUCCUGCUCCACAACGACAACUUUAUAGGUCACGUGUACAAGAAGGCGGUGUUCAAGGAAUACACUGACACAACUUUCAGGCAACUGAAGACUGAGGGAAGCCUGGACAUUCUAGGUCCUGCAAUCAUGGCGGAGGUGGGGGACACCGUCAAAGUGACCUUUCGAAACAAUGCCAGAAGACCUUAUUCCAUCCACACACAUGGAGCCUGGACGAGUCAAGAAAAUAGUGGUGUCAACUACGGGUCUGCCUCUGGCGUUCUACCUGGUCGGACAUUUCAGUAUGUUUGGCAGCUGAACGAAAGGUCCGGUCCGGGUCCCAAUGACCCUAACUGUAUUCCCUGGCUGUAUUAUUCAUCUGUGGACCCAAUCAAGGACACUAACACAGGUCUUUUAGGCCCACUCAUUGUUUGCAGGAAAGGGACUAUAGGUGUCAACGGCAAGCGUAGGGACAUCGAUAAGGAACUAUUUAUCUUCAUGUCUGUGAUGAAUGAGAAUUUAAGUUGGUAUCUAGAGGACAAUAUCAAAACAUUCGCACCAGCUCGCGUAGGAACAAACUAUCAAGCCGACAGUGAGUUUGACGAAAGUAAUAAAAUGCAUUCUAUUAAUGGACGGCUACAUGGCAACAAUCAAGGUUUGGUGAUAGAAUAUGGUCAGAAAGUCGUUUGGUACAUGAUGUCACUAGGAGCAGAGAUUGAUCUCCACACAAUCCAUAUUCACGGCCACACUUUUGUCCACUCCAGCGAAAAGCACCGCGAUGACGUCAUACAGAUGUUCCCUGGUAUGGCCGAAGCGGUUGAGAUGGUCGCUGACAAUCCUGGAACCUGGCUACUCCACUGUCACGUCAUAGACCACAUCUUCGCUGGCAUGGAGACAGUUUACACCGUCUUGGAACCUGGUCAGCACCGCUACUAGCGAAUCUCCCCAUCACGUUCUGGAUUAAGGCUCAGAUCAUCGUGUUUUAAAUAAAAUUAGAAAGGGAAUUGCUGAAGCAAGGAGUGAUAUUGUUUUAAAUUCACAAAAUUGAUGUUUUGUUUUUAACCAUUAUAGCAACUAAAGAAAAAAGUAUGCUUUUUUUUUACACACCCAAAAACAAUCGAAUCUACAGUAAAAGUCAGAUUUUCAACAACCUUUAGUGAUUUUUUUUCAUUAUAUCUUCAUAGAAAAAAACUAAAUAUUUUGAAAUAUCUGGAUCAAUAGUUAACUGCUAUUUUUCUUUAACUAUUCAGCAGACAUUGUGGACUGUAUCAUAGUGCAUGCUUAACAGUUUGUCUUUUUCUGUUAUUAGAUGCGAUUGUCAUACCUUCGCAAACUUUCACAAUCUAGGUUACAUGUAUUAUGACUUCCGCCAUUCCUAUUUUUAACUUACAUUGUAAUGGUGCUAGCUAGAACACAUAAAGUCUUUUUUUUUUUUAAAUGUUGCCUUAUAUAUAUACAAAAUGUAUCUUUCUUAUAAACCUUAACAGUUUAGCUUUACCCAAAAAAUAAGUAUUGAAAUUUCUGCUGCGGAACACAGUAGGAGUCUGGUAUACAUGAACUGGUCUUCUUCUAAUUCACUCGUGUUUAUAAUUCACUAGUGACCUUUGUGCCCAUGUUAAAGUCUUUCACGGGGCAUGUUGUUUGUUUUAUAUGCAAAUUUUACAAAUGUUUGAUUUAUAUUUAGAUUGGAUUGCAAGGAUGUAGGUACCUAUUAUUGUUGUUCAUUCUAACCGAUCUAAAUAAACAGUGUAACCCCGACAUGAAA